AGUCUAUUCCAGAUCUUUGCUCUGUGUGGAUGCUUAAACGGAGAUCAAACUCGCGAACGCGCGGAUACUUUUUUGUCUUCAAAUCAUAAGUUCAGAAAAGUGAAGAGUGGCGAAUGAAAGGCACAAAAAGAAAAGGAAUAAUAAUUAGUUACUGAUAAUGUUUCAUGCUUGAAAACUUACGUUUAAACAAAAGAUAAAGAAAGAGCGUAAAGUGGAUUUCAAAAGCCCAUAACUGGCCAGAACAAGAUUCCCUCGAGUGAAAGUUCGUAGAUCAAUUUGAAACAAGAAAGAAAGAAAACAACAAAAAAUCUUUUCAUAGUGAGAAAAUAAAACUGAAAGAUUACAAAUUGCAUUAAAUUUAAUAAUAUUAAGUAUUGUGAAUGACAAGAAUCAAGAAUAAGUUAAAUAAGUGACGACAAGAUUAAAUAGAAAUAAAUUAUCGAAUUAAGUUUUCCUGUGCAAUUGAGUGAAACUUUUUUUUUGUGCAUGAAAAGAGGAAAAUAAUUUUUGACAAUGAAUAAUAAAAGUUUAUUAUUGUUAUUCGUGGCUUUGUCAACAAUUGCUGCUAUCGAUGGUGCGAUACCGCAACAAAACUUGGAAAGGAAGAACAACAAAGAAAACACUUGCACAACAGAUCAGUUUCGGUGCAACAAUGGACGAUGUAUACCAAAACGUUGGCAAUGUGAUCAAGAAAAAGAUUGCAGUGAUGGAUCAGAUGAAGACACGAGUCAUUGUCUGAAGAAAACUUUUUGUCCUCACAAUGAGUUUUUAUGUAGCAAUGGCGAACAAUGCAUUCCAAGUGGUUGGAUUUGUGAUCGCUCAAAAGAUUGCUCUGAUGGCUCAGAUGAAGAGUCAUGUGGUGACGAUACUUGUCGAUCAGACGAAUUCACCUGUAGCAAUGGAAGAUGCAUUCAAAGUCGGUGGGUGUGUGAUCGAGAUGAUGAUUGUGGUGAUGGUUCUGACGAGGCUAAAUGUACACCAACAAAAUGUGAUCCAAUCAAACAAUUUCAAUGUUCAGAGAAGUAUUGUGUGACAGCAAAAUGGCGUUGUGACGGAGAAUUGGAUUGCCCUGAUGGGUCAGAUGAACGAAAUUGUACAAAAAUAGAUGACACCGAACGUAAGAAGCCAAUGUCAUGCGUUCAAGCGGAAUAUCUUUGUAAGGAUGGAAUCACAUGCAUUCAUCGUAGUUGGAUUUGUGAUGGCGAACAAGAUUGUCCCGGUGGUGAUGAUGAAAUGAUGCCAAAUUGUCAAAAUAUAACAUGUCGUGCAGAUCAAUUCCAAUGUGCUGAUAAAUCUUGCAUUGCUGGACAUUUCGUUUGUUCGGGAAAAAGUGAAUGUCGUGAUGGAAGUGAUGAAUUAAAUUGCCCUGCACCGAAGCGAACAUGCGACCGGAAAACAGAGUUUGAUUGUGGGGGUGGAAUGUGCAUUCCACUUUCAAAGGUUUGUGAUAAGAAACAAGAUUGUCCUGAUUCUGAAGAUGAACCUGUCGGUAAAUGUGGACGUGAUGAAUGUCAAGUGAACAAUGGUGGAUGUUCACAAUUGUGUGUCGAUACCCAAGCUGGAUUUUAUUGUGAAUGUCGUUCUGGUUAUAAACUCAUAGACAACAAAACUUGUGAAGACAUAAAUGAAUGCGAAAUUCCUGGUUCAUGUUCACAACUUUGCACAAAUGAACGUGGCUCGUUUAAGUGUGAAUGUAAGAAAGGUUACUUGAGAGAUCCCAGAGAUCAUACAAAAUGUAAAGCCAUGGAAGGUCAUGCAUCGUUAUUAUUUGCACGUCGUCAUGACAUCAGAAAAAUUUCUCUCGAUCAUCGUGAAAUGACGUCAAUUGUUAACGACACAAAAUCAGCAACCGCACUCGAUUACGUCUUUCGAACUGGAAUGAUUUUCUGGAGUGAUGUAACCGAACAGAGAAUUUAUAAAGCGCCAAUUGAUGAGGGAACUGAACAGAUUGUAGUGUUACAAGACAAAACAGUAACAUCCGAUGGUUUAGCAGUUGAUUGGAUUUAUAAUCACAUUUAUUUCACCGAUACACGUCGCUACACCAUUGAAAUUAUGAACUUUGACGGAAAUAUGGGAAAAGUUUUGAUCAAAGACGAUUUGGAGAUUCCUCGGGCGAUUGCAUUGGAUCCACUUGAUGGUUGGAUGUAUUGGACAGAUUGGGGCUCAAGUCCGAGAAUUGAACGUGCAGGAAUGGAUGGCACACAUCGAGAGACAAUCGUCAGUUACGACGUUAAAUGGCCUAAUGGACUGACACUCGAUCUUGUUCGUAAACGCGUCUACUGGGUCGAUGCCAAAUUAAAUGUGAUUUCAUCAUGUAAUUACGAUGGUUCGGGACGAAAUGUUGUACUUCAUUCCACCGACACCCUUCGACAUCCGUUCUCGAUAACAACAUUUGAAGAUUGGGUUUAUUGGACCGACUGGGACAAGGAAGCAGUUUUCCGUGCCAAUAAAUUUAAUGGAGCAGACAUUGAACCCGUCACUGCUCUUCACAUGCUUCAACAUCCAAUGACCAUUCACGUGUAUCAUCCAUAUCGACAGCCUGAUGGCGAAAACUUUUGCCAAGCUGUGAAUGGACAUUGUUCUCAUCUCUGUUUACCCGCACCAAAGAUAACCGAUAGAAGUCCACGAAUAUCGUGUGCUUGUCCGACAGGAUUGAAACUUAUGGAUGAUGGGCUGAUGUGUGUUGAGGAUGAGACAAUUGUAACGUCAACGACAAGGACAACACGUAAACAAAGCAGCACAACUCCAAGUAUGAAAUCAAUCACACAUGCAUCAGCUAAUAUUUAUGAUACUAAAUUAUAUCCUGCACCCCCUGGCGAUGUCGAGAAACCCCCAGACGAUGCACCAGACUCAGGCUAUAUAGCCAUUGUGACUAUUCUCGUAGCAACUUUAUUGGUUCUCGUGCUAACAGUUCUUGCUGUCUUCGUCUACCGACAUUACGUUCACAAAAAUCUCACGUCCAUAAAUUUCGAUAAUCCCGUGUAUCGUAAAACGACCGAGGAUCAAGUACGUUUAAAGAAGACGCUUUCGCCGAUAAUUUAUCCAAGCACCGUAGGUGAAGAGUUGCGAGCACUAGCGCAAGAUUGUCCUAUAUAAAUUUAGUGCUAAUUAGUAAGACAAAAAAAGGGAUUCCAUUAUAGAGUUUAACAAAGAAAGAGAAAAUGACAACAUCGCCAACAUAAAACCACAAAACAGAAACAUCGUCCUUCAUCUUUCAUCAUUAAAAAACAUAAGAAAAAAAAACUUUUUUCAUUUAGUCUAAUUAAAAAGAAAUGAGAAUCAACACGUAGUCGAUCAGGAUAAAAAUUUUCAUUUCCUUAGAUAUUAAGAAUUUUAAAAAUAAAAUAUGAAAAACGACGGCGAGAAAAUCUCGAAGAAAAUUCUACAGAAAAUAUUUUUUGGUGAAAAAGAAAACUUCAUUGGCGACGAAAGAUCAACAAAAUAAAAAGCAAUCAAUCGAGUUGUUGCCAAUGGGACAGAUUCAACAAAAAUUUUCAUCCUAACAAACAAAAUAUGAAUUUCUUUCGUUCUUUUUUUGAUAUAGAAGAAAAAUUAUUGUAAAUAUUUUAUGAUUCGUCCCUCUCAUCCCUCCUUGUUCCUAUCUAUUCUCUUUUACUCUUCCUCCAACCACCCAACAUUGAUAAAUGAAUCAGAGAUGCUUCAAAUUCCGAAACGAACGCGUCUGUAUGGCUGCUGUUGAUCGCUUGAAAAGCAGACAAGAAGAAGAAUAAGAAAUAUGAAAAAUCAUGGAAAUCUACCUGAAAUGAUUCGCUUCUCGUAAAGCACAACAUCAAUUGAGAUAAAGCGUGGUGAGGAGAUGCACGACAACAGCAGCACAGCAUGAAUAUUGAUUUAAAUUAAUUUCUAUAAUUGUACAUAUUGAAAGACUGAAUCAUUAAUUUUCAAAAAAUAAUAAUAAAAGUAAUGUUAUAUUUGUUUAACAUAAACA